AGCGCCUCUGUUGUGAAAUCCCGAGAUCCAUCCAUCGUUCUGUUUUACCUCCGCCUCUCAUGGCUGGCCCUCCGGUCCGUCCGCCGCUUAUUCCACCAGAUCUUCUUUUCCUAAACAAUUUCUCUGUUGCUGUGUCGGUCGCUCCUUCCGACCGACUUUUGGAUACUGAGAUGCUUGACAGCUAUUCGCCGUCAAAAUCCGCCAUCUCCCCCCGUACUCCUGAUGGAUCGGUUCUGUCCCCAUCGUUUUCAGCUCAAGCCCCUCCAAUCGUGGCCUCCGCACAAGGAGUGUUGGUUUCGGACCUUUUUCCCCCAGUCAAUUUGGACAAAUAUAAAACGUCUAGUCACCUGGGGGAAUCAUCAUCUUCUUCUGGUGCCCUAAAAUCUUUAAGGUCAACACCACAUCCUGACCAAACGGGUGUGGAGUUCAGUUGGGCUGCUCACUUCAAAUCGUCGGGAAAAUACCCAAAAGCUGAUGUUCCGGUCACUGUUUCGGCAGAGGGUCACCCUUGGGUCAAAAUCCCAAAUGCAGUGUUUGAAAGGGGCGCAAGGCUCCACUCAGACUACAUUGUUGGGAUUUUCUACGGCAAUGCUCCAAGUUACGAAAAGAUAUGGGGUGUCCUAAACUACCUUUGGGGUAAGGAUCAGAGAGUCACCAUCCACAAUCUCACAAAGAAUGCUUUCCUGUUCCAUAUUCCGUCGGCAUCUCUGCGAAGACGUAUUCUUCAACAUGAACUUUGGAGAGUAGGGGACUCACCCUUCUAUGUAACUGAAUGGAAAUCUUCUUUCAGCUUAGACCCCCCAUCUCUUCAACGGGCUCCUAUCUGGGCUUCUAUCCACAAAAUCCCAUUUGAUCUUCUUACUGAUGAGGGUCUCUCUUUCAUCUCAAAGCCACUAGGGGUUAUUGUUGACGCCAAACCUUUUUCUACUAUCAGCUCGGUGGAAAUAAAGGUCAUUGUAAACCUCUCAACGCCAUUGCCAUCGACAGUUGAACUGGAGCGUGAGGAUGGACGCAUUGAUCUUCUACAAGUUACAUACCCAUGGCUACCUCCUCUUUGCCCUCUAUGCAGCAAAAUAGGGCACAAAGCAACUCUUUGCCCAAACGCCCCCCCUCCCCAGAGCAAGAAGGAGGACUUUGUCAAGCCAAAGAAGCCCGUUCGAAAGUACCAGGAGAAACAGAACGCAGAAUCCGCUGCUAAAGCUGUUGCAGCUACACUGCCUUCCCAAGUACAAAACCCGACUGAAUCCGGACUGGAAAUGGAAACUCCUCUCCCAUUUUGUCCUGUAUCCCGGCCCGUUCUCGCUAAGCCUCAGGAUAACAGCGUGGUCACAACUGCGACAAUAGCACUAGAAAGUGCUCCGCGGGAAACAAUACCAACCGCAACUGGAUCACACACUGGCCACAUUACAACAAAGGAUGUUUCCUCAUUGGGAGAUCCCCUCCCUACUCCAACCUCUGCGGAGGCGAAUGCAGGCCCUUCUUCUUCGGAAGCUAAUACAGAGGGUCGGUUAUUCUUGCUACCAAAACACAUGUCCUCCGGAAAGAUGAGGGCAGGGAAAGAAGCUCGGGAACAGCUUGAGAUUGCCGCAAACCCCUUUGAUCUGUUGAAGAAGGACCCGGAAAACAUCGACCCAGAUCACUCAGAAGCAGAAAUGGCUCUCACCAUCCAUCAAGCUUCUACAUUAGAGCACUCUUCAACUCCUCCCUCGUCGUCCUCGUUUAAGCAGCAGAAGAAGAAAAAGAGGAAGGUUCGGGAGAACUCUUUGUCACCAGCCGGUGACUCUUUUUUUUGGAACGUGCGUGGCAUUAACGACACCUCAAAGCAUCGCCCUCUUGCGACCUGGUUGAGAAACAAGCAAGCAACGUUUGGUGCCCUUUUGGAAACGCAUGUUCGGGAAUCGAAUAAGGAUCAGAUUUUAUCUUCGGUCGGACCGGAAUGGUCCGUGUUAUCAAACUACCAGCAUUCGGAAACGGGUCGGAUUUGGAUUAUAUAUAAGCAGCCUACCAUCAUUCAACACCUCUUCUCGGAUCACCAAUCAAUCACAUGCGACGUAAAGCUUGAGGAUGAUCUUCCGUUUCAAGGACCAAGAUUUACGUGGUCAAAUAAUCGUCCCUCAAACCCCAUAGGAAGAAAGUUGGAUCGGUGUUUAGUAAACGGCUCCUGGACCCUAUCUUUCCCCUCAAGCCAUUGCUCCUUCCUAGCACCGGAGUUCUCUGACCACUGUCCCUGCCAUAUAAAGCUUACAACGGACUCUCCAACCUUUGGAUCGCGCCCGUUCAAGUUCUUUAACCUCUUGACGUCCCAUCCAGCUUUUCUUUACUCUAUCAAAUCAGCGUGGGACGAUCUGGGUGAGAGUGCUAAAUCUCUUAAGGAGCUUUGCUAUAAGAUCAAAGGGCUCAAGAGACCCCUAAAAGCUCUGUUUAGAGAAAAUUUUAGCGACAUUGAGAAGAGAGAAUGCGAGGCUCACCAACACACGCUCUCUCGAAUUCAUCACCGGUUUGCUCUUUCUCCUACGGCCCUACCAGUCUGUUACUUGGGCCUUCCACUCUGCUCUAAGAAGCUCUCAGUGAAAGAUUAUGACCCCUUAAUAACCCAGAUUAGGCGAAAGGUGGGAAGCUGGGUUCACAAACGCCUGAGUCUCGCCGGAAGGCUACGCCUGAUCUCCUCUAUAGUAUACGGGAUUGUGGGUUUCUGGACGAAAGCUUUUAUUCUGCCAAAGAAGAUGAUCGCAAAAAUUAACAGUAUGGCAGGAUCUUUUCUGUGGCAUGGCAAAGCUGAGGUGCAGACUGGUGCGAAGGUCUCUUGGCCUGCUGUGUGUUUCCCGAUGCAAGAGGGAGGAUUGGGGCUGCGGUCUUUAACAUCAUGGAAUGAAACAUGCGCCCUAAAACUAAUAUGGAUGCUCUUCUUCAGGGGAGGCUCCAUUUGGGUUGCUUGGAUGAGAACAAAGUACCUUUCAAAGUUUUGCUUCUGGGCUUUAAAGGAGGACACGCCAGCGGUCUCUUGGAUGUUCAGAAAACUUUUAAAGCUUUGCCACAAAGCAAUCAGUUUUAUCCAGAUUCAAAUUGGCAAUGGGGAUGACACUUUCUUUUGGUGGGAUCCGUGGACGCCAUUCGGCUCAUUGAUUCACUUUUUAGGUCCCAUGGGACCUGCUACCAUGGGCAUUCCUCUCUUUUCUCUCGUAAGGGAUUGCAUUCAAAAUGGAAACUGGAACCUCAGAGCAGCCAGCCUUCCCCUCUUAGCGACUCCACCAUGUGGCUUAUGCAAGAAAGAAACAAACGCUAUUCGCUCUAAAAACCCUACAGUCUCGUGGUACUCUCUAGUGUGGCACAAAGUUGCGAUUCCAAAACAUGCAGCAGCUACUUGGCUUUUUAUGCUUAACAGGAAUCCUACCUUUGACCGGAUGGUGGCUUGGGUAUUAGAUGUUGAAACCAUAUGCCUCCUAUGCGGUUCGUCGUCCGAGUCGCAGAACCACCUGUUCUUUGACUGUCCCUUUUCAAACCGGGUUUGGUCAGCUCUUCUUCUAAAGCUAGACAUCCUAAACGCUCCUACUUCUUGGGCUCAGAUUAUAUCUUGGCUUCCUGCUGCUCUUCCACAACGGGAUGCACAACUUGGUCUUCUUUUGCUCUGGCAAGCGAGUAUCUAUGAGCUGUGGAAAGAACGAAAUCGAAGACUUCAUCAAGGUUUGACUCUUCCACACUACAAGAUUUUCAAAAAGAUUGUCUACCUGAUGAGAAAUAAAACAAUGGCGUUAAAAAAUGUUUGUUCAAAGCACAGUGAGGCUUUGACGCUGCUCUGGUCU